GGGUGCAGCUCCAGUGAUAAUGAUCAUCAUCCCUCUCUCUCCCUUAUUUCUACCUCUUUCUGCUUUCUUCCUUCUUUCUUUUACUCCUAAGCCUCUGUUGACAUUUUUAAUUCCUCAACCGCCUUCAAAUUCCAAGACAGGAGGAGGUUGUAUAAUAAUGGCUGCAACAUUGGGGUUUCCAUUUACAGCUGCUCAGUGGAAGGAACUUGAAAGACAAGCAAUGAUCUACAAGUACAUGGUCGCUUCUGUUCCUGUUCCUUACCAACUUCUCUUACCCAUCAUCCAAAAUCUCCCUCCUGCUGCUGCUGCUGCUGCUUCUGCUUCCCGCUCUCCAUUGGUGAGCCAGCUACGGUAUUCAACCAAACAAGAUCUAGAGCCCGGCAGGUGUAAGAGAACGGACGGCAAGAAAUGGAGGUGCUCAAGAGAUGUGGCACCUAAUCAGAAAUACUGUGACCGCCAUAUGCACAGAGGCCGUCCCCGUUCAAGAAAGCAUGUGGAACUUUCCAAGAAUCCUUCUCCUUCCUCUUCCUUGCUUCCCAACAAGACUCCAUCACUUCACUCCAACCCUUGCAAAGUUGCCGGAUCUACGAUUUUACCUUCUGUCACCCAACCUUCAUUGUUUCUUGAUGAUAUGCAAUCCAAUAAAAGGGGUUCGGAUUGGAGCACGGAACAACAAUGGCGACAGAUUAUGCAGACAAGUCGUUCCAUUUUCAAUGAUGAUUUUGGGGAAGAGCAGCCAUCUUUUACGGAUUUUGGGACUUCCCACGAUUAUCUCCUCUCUGAAACCCCAAGAAGAGAUUUUAUUGAUGCUUGGUCGACCAACAAAUCCACUGUGAUUAAGGAUUCAUCUGGGGAUCUUUCGCCAUCGGCUCUAGAUCUGUCUAUGGCUAUGGCUUUGGGGAACAAUGGAUUCGGUGAAUUGGGCGUUUGCAAAGUUUCAGGCUUGGUUAGCCCUGUUUCUUGUGGCGGUGGUCCACUGGCCGAGGUGUUGCGACCAAGUUUGGUGGGUGUUUGUUCAAUCCCAACUUCUCCAGCAGGGUCGUCCCCAUCUGGGGUUUUACAGAGAACAAUGCCAUCAGUCUCCGAUAGUAGUGUCUGUAAUAGCGCAAUUGUUGCAGCUUCUUCAACACCGACAGACAUUGUGGCGUUCCAAUGGUUCACUUGAAAAAUUUAAUCCACUUUUUUGCAAGUUCAACAAUGUUUGUUUCGUGUUGUUUUUUGUUGUGGAGUGUAGAUUUUUGUGGGCAAAAGAAAUAAGAUGUUGAGAGGGUAAGCAAAGAAAUAAAGGUUUAGUGU